AUGCAGGUAGACCCUACAACCACAAAAUCUUGGUUGUUCUCUGUUGUGUAUGGUAGCCCGAAUGCACACCUUCGUAAAAAGUUGUUCGCGGAUCUCACAUCUGAUAGCCAUCACCCAGAUAUCCCCUGGUUAGUAGUAGGUGAUUUCAACUCAGUGUUAAGCUCGGAUGAAACCAGUAGCCCCGAAAACUUCUCCAUAAAUCGCAGCUCUGACUUCAAAAACUGGAUUUUUCGCGAGGGUCUAAUUGAUUUAGGCUUCACCGGUUCAAAAUUCACGUGGAAACGAGGAAUUGAUACCCCAUCCUUCAAAGGGGCAAGGAUAGAUAUGGAACUUGGUAACAUAGCAUGGAAGAUUAGUUUCCCAAAUUCGUUGGUCGAACAUCUACCAAUGAUCAACUCGGAUCACUCCCCAAUUUUAGUCAAUUCAGAAUUUGUAUCUCAGGCUUCUUCAACCAAGUCGUUCAGGUUCAAUCUUGCCUGGUCCACUCACCCAAGCUUUCUAGAUUGUGUUAAAAAAGCUUGGUGCAAAGGGGGCAACUUGGAAUCUAACAAAGCUGCUUUGGCCAAAUCCUUAGCAGCAUGGAAUAAAGGUACAUUUGGCAACAUUUUCCAUAAGAAAAAAAGAUUAUUAGCUAUAAUAAAUGGUGUGCAAUGCUCCUUGGCUACUAGACCAAGGGCAGACUUGUUUAAGCUUGACAGAAAAUUACGUAUUGAACUUGAGGAUGUCUUAUACCAAGAAGAGCUCUUAUGGUUCCAACGGUCGAGGGAGGAAUGGAUCGAAUCAGGAGACCGCAAUACUCAUUUCUACCACACAGCCACUGCUACAAAAACGAAUUCUGCUAGUCUUAAACAUAUUAAAGAUGAAAAUGGGCAGCACCUUACCUCCGACACUCAAAUCAGAGAUCACAUCUUUAACUUCUUUGUCAACUCUUUUUCAGAAAUUUGUCCUUUUGUCUCUUCGAAUCUGCAGGAUGGCAUACUACCUGAAGCUUGCAACGACACCUUGAUUACUCUCAUACCCAAAGUCUCGUGCCCCGAAUCUGUUAAACAUCUUCGUCUUAUAGGCCUUUCCAACUUAUCAUAUAAGCUUCUCACCAAGUUAAUGGUUAUGAGACUGAAAGCAGCUUCUAAAAAGCUUAUUGGACCCCAUCAGACCAGUUUUGUACCGGAAAGACAAAUCACCGACAACGUCAUCGUAUAUCAAGAACUUCUCAACUCAAUGAGGACCAAGAAAGGUCCUAGGGGUCACUGGAAAGGCGUAAUGACAACGCGAGAUGGGCCUCUUAUAUCCCAUCUCUUUUUCGCCGAUGAUAUGGUACUAUUCGACGAAGCCACGCUUGCACAAGCUUCAGAAAUGAAAGCCUGCUUAGAAGCCUUUUGCACCAGCUCUGGUCUCAAAAUGAAUAUCCAGAAAUCUUCAGUUUUCUUCUCUAGGAAUACUCUGCCUUCCCUCCAAGAAUCUAGUACCAACCUUAUUGGUAUAUCCAAGGUGGAAGACCCAGGCAAAUACUUGGGGAUGCCUUCCAUCCAUGGCAGAUUAAAACAACAAGCUUUCUCAGGGAUCCUCGAAAGAGUUCAAUCCAGAUUAGCCGGCUGGAAAUCAAAAACGCUCUCCCUUGCUGGCCGACAGGUGUUAGCCCAAUCUGUUCUUUCGGCAAUUCCAUACUAUUCAAUGCAAUCUGUGCCUCUACCAGCUGGGAUCAUUGACUCCAUUGAGAAACAGAUUCGAGGAUUCUUGUGGGGCAGCUCAGAAGGCUCAAGGAAAAUUCAUUUGAUCAGUUGGGAUGUCGUCACUCAAAGCAAACAAUGUGGUGGUCCUGGCAUUCGGAGAUUAAGGGAAAUGAACCAAGCGUUCUUAGCAAAACUUGGCUGGAGAAUGCUACACGAAAAAGAUAAUCUGUGGUUCAAUAGCUUACUUCCAGAAGAUAUUUUAGACCAAUUGACGGCGGUAAUAAUCAGCAAUGAUCCAGAGGAUAAUGAUUCGCUAGGAUGGCGCCAUGAACCCUCUGGUAAGUUUACCACUAGUUCUGCGUAUGAUGCUGCUUUGAGACCUCCUACUAUGGCUAAUGAUGUCAAGUGGAUGAGUAUCUGGAAACUAAAAGUUCCCAAUAAGAUUUGUAUUUUCAUUUGGACUGCGAUGCAUGGAAAAAUCUUGACUAACAGCAAUAGAUAUAAGAGGUGCCUCUCUGAAUGCGACAAAUGCAUCCGCUGUCCAACCAAGACGGAGGACACACAACAUGUGCUUCGAGACUGUCCAGCAGCUAAGGAGGUUCUGGAAAUUGUCCUCCCUUAUCUUUCGAUGGAUCCAAACUUGCCUUUUGAAGAUUGGAUGACGAUUGGCAUCAGGAAAAGCGGUGGAAGCACCCAUCCCUCUAACAUAUCAACCCUCUUCGCUACCACCUUAUGGUGGAUUUGGAGGUGGAGGAACGACGCAGUCUUCAACAACCAGGAGAAAUCACUGUCCUACAAAGUUGAAUGGAUCCAAACACAAGCCGAAGAAACGCCUAAAGCAUUUAGGAAAACCAGAACUCCCCUCCUAAGUUCAUGGUCUAAACUCUGUUGGACGAAACCCCCAGCUGGAAUUAUUAAAAUUAACAUUGAUGCCUCUGUCGAUCUCAUGACUAGCAGAGCAGGCUGCGGAGGAGUCGCUAGAGACGAUUCAGGUUCUUGGUUGGCCGGUUUCACAUACAACAUCGGUAUAUGCUCUCCAUUGGUAGCUGAGGCUUGGGCUCUACUAAAGGGCAUACAACUGGCAAAACACCUAGACUUCAGGGAUGUGAUAUUCGAAACUGAUUCAAAGGAGAUCUCUGAAAGUGUCGCUCGGAAUCAAUAA